AUGGAAGGAGCGGGAGCCGUGAGGAGGCGGCGGGGGCUGAGCGGGCACCGGCGGCUUAGCGGGCACCGGGGCGGCUUCUCCGCCGCUCGUUCCGCGGCCUCAGCCGCCGCUCGGGGCCGGGGCUCGGCGAAAGGAGGAAUUUUCGUUCCAGCAGCUCCCGGGCGAUCUCCGCCCUCCGUCUUCCCGGUGGGACCGGCCCGCAGCCUUUCCCCGCAGCCCCGGGGGCUGAGGCGGCAGGGCGGGCUGGCCCCGCGAGUGGACAACCGGGAACGGGGAGCCGGGAACCGUUUCCGACCGCCAGCACCGUCCCCGGAGCGGCGGCUCCGUCCCCGCUCGCCCCUCGGGGUCCCGCAGAACCGGGAGCGCGGCCCGGGACCACCGGCCUGGAGCAGGGCCCGUCUCCUGCGCUCUCCGCGCUCGGCCCCUUUCGGACGGGGCCAGGCCGCGGCAGGCUCGGACAUCCAGCGGCCACUCCAGCCCAAGGCCUUGAACUCCCGGUGCCCGCCAGAGCCCGAACCGGGCACCUCCCGCCUCUACCGGGCUCCACCCGGUGCCCGGGCCGUACCCAGACCCCUGCGGGCCCCCAGGUGCCCGCCGCGGGGCAGCGCGGGGAAGCGGGACCGGAGCCCCCUCGACCCCCGCCCGGCCCGCGGAGGGGCAGCGCCCGCGGGGACCGGGGGAUUUCUUUCUUCGUUGCCACCUCUGCCCGGGCUGGGCGGGGGUCCCCAGGGGAUGAGCGAUGGAGGGGCCGAGCCCGGCGGGAGCCCCGUGCUGCUGGCCGAGCCCGCGGCCACCGGGCGGGCCCGGGAGAAGCUGCCGACCCGGGCGGAGCUGGAGAGCGCCCUGCGCGCCGGCGGCGGCGGCGGCGGAGCCGGCGGCGGCUUCAAGGACAUCCCGGGAACGUCGGCGGUCAGCCCGGGCUCCUCCAAGCAGUGCGCCCCGGACACCGAGAGCCCGUCGGGGACCGGCGAGGCGGAUUACUGCCGCCGCAUCCUGGUGCGAGAUGCCAAAGGGACGAUCCGUGAGAUCGUGCUGCCCAAGGGGCUGGACCUGGACCGGCCCAAGCGGACGCGGACGUCCUUCACGGCGGAGCAGCUCUACCGCCUGGAGCUGGAAUUCCAGCGCUGCCAGUACGUGGUGGGCCGGGAAAGGACGGAGUUAGCGCGGCAGCUCAACCUCUCCGAGACGCAGGUCAAGGUGUGGUUCCAGAACCGCCGCACGAAGCAGAAGAAGGACCAGAGCAGGGACUCUGAGAAACGCUCCUCCGGCACCUCCGAGUCCUUCGCCACCUGCAACAUCCUGCGGCUGCUGGAGCAAGGCCGCCUGCUGUCCGUGCCGGCCCCGCCGAGCCUCCUGUCCCCGCCGUGCAGCGCCGUCCCCGCCGCCAGCCCCGCCGCCAGCCUGGCCUCGCCGGGCCGCGCCUCCCCGGGGCUCGGCGGCGGCGGCAGCCCGCCGGCCCCGCCGCCCUUCGCGUCCCUCGCCGCUUCCUCUUCAUCCUCCUCGCCCUCGCCGUCGUCGCCGCGGCUGCCGCUGUGUUUCGGGGCCCCGCUGCUGGGCGGCCUGCACGAUCUGCCCGGUUCUUGCCCGCCGGGAGCGUCCGCGUUCGAGCCUUACGCGCGGCUGGAGAGGAAGGACAAUUCUAUACCCAGCAAGAAGCCGAGCCCUUAA